AUGACAAUCUACAGCGUCUUACGACAUAUCGUCAGAAACGAUGCAAUACGUGUCGAUCCUCCUGAAGUGUACAACUGGCGUGUUCUAGCACUUACUGCCUCGGCAUGCUUUGCAGGCACAAUGUUUGGAAUGGACGCGGGGAUUAUCGGUGGAGUCCUAGCGAUGCCCGGCUUUAAGAAGGAAUUUGGACUUGACGCCCUCUCCGCUAGCGCCGCCGCCAACCUUUCCGGCAACCUCGUCACUACUAUGCAAGCAGGAGCAAUUGCUGGUGCAUUGGUAUCUAGUCCACUGGCAGAGAAAAAAGGGAGAAAGCCAGCGCUGCUUGCAGUCGCUGUUACUGGUAUCGUCGGCGGAAUUAUGCAAGCACUAUCGUUUGGACAUUUACCCGUGUUUUACAUUGGUCGCUUUAUCGAGGGUCUUGGACUUGGUGCAGGAACUAUGCUUGCCCCGACAUACGUCUCAGAGAUCUCGCCUCGCGCUAUCAGAGGUUUCCUCGUUGGCUUCUUCCAGCUAUUACUGGAUACGGGUGGCAUGAUUGCUUACUUCGUCAAUUAUGGUUCACUGCUACAUUUCAAGGGCAAAGCUACAUGGAUGGUGCCACUAAUGCUGCAGUCGCUCGCUCCAGCGCUGCUUCUCACUACAAUGCUCAUGUGCCCAGAGUCACCGCGCUGGCUUGCCUCUCAAGACAACUGGGAGAAGGCAGCAAGCGUCUUGUCUAAUGUGCGACGCCUUCCACCCCAACAUUCAUAUGUUGAACAAGAGCUGCUCGAAUUGAGAGUACAACUGGAGAACGAGAAUCGCAUUAGGGGUAAUACAGGCUUCUGGGCAAUGCAAAAGGAAUGCUGGACACAGUCAGCUAACAGGAAACGUGCUCUCUUAACCAUCGUCAUCCUUGUUUUCAAUCAAUGGUCAGGUACAGGAGCUAUCAACUACUACGCGCCAACCAUCUUUAAGAGCUUGGGAUUGUCCGCAACCACUACUGCUCUCUUCGCGCAAGGCGUUUACGGGAUAGUCAAAACUGUUGCAGCGUUAAUAUUCGCCUUCUUCCUUGCUGAUUCUCUGGGUCGUCGAAUUUCCUUUAUGUGGAGUGGAGCUGUGCAAGCAUUCUGCAUGCUCUACGUUGGAUUCUAUGUUCGAUAUGGGCCCCAUGUGACCGCCGAUCAAACUCCGCCGCCGGCUGGGAUAGCCGCUUUAGCCAUGAUAUAUAUCUUUGCGGCGGCCUUCAACUCAGGCUGGGGUCCUGUAGCUUGGGUUUACGUGUCGGAGAUUCCGAGCAACCGACUCCGGGCGUAUAAUGUUGCAUUGGCAUCAUUCACUCACUGGGUCAACAAUCUUGCUGUUUCUAAGGCCACCCCGGUGAUGCUUCUUUCGACUCCAUACAAGGCUUAUUUCAUCUUUGGCACGAUCAACGUUGUCAUGGCAGUCGCGGCAUUUUGGGUACCUGAAACCAAAGGGAUAUCUCUCGAGCGUAUGGACGAACUGUUUGGUGUUAUGGAUAUGUCAAAUAUUGAAGAUGUCGGUAUUGCAGCACGGCAAGAAAGUAAGGUUGAAGGGACGCUAGAAUUGCAUGAAAACGUGCAGACAAGUAAGGUUUGA